AUGUCUCAAUCUCCCUCAUUAAACUUUGGUCCAGCUUGGAUGCGUCCAGCUAAUUCAAGAACCUCGAGUCAAGAUCCAAAUGUUUCAAAUCUAAAAGGUGUGAAAGCGUGGGGAUUACAAGAUCAAACACAACAACAACAACAACAACAACAGCAACAGCAUUUAGCCACUUCAUUGAAUGAUCCAACAUUUCAACAACCAAGCUUACAACAGCCAUCAAGUUUUGUGACUCAAGCUCAAAAGAAUGGUAAUGGUAGCCGAGUUUAUUCAUUUGAAGAUCUAUUAAAGAUUUGGCAAGAAAUUCAAGAGAAAAUCAAGAAUGGAGAAUCUGUAGAAAGUUAUCGGUCAUUAAGUCCAAUUAAAUCAUUAGUUGAACAAGUUGAACGUGAUAGAUCUUUCCAAAGUGAUUUGAAAAAAGAUGACCCACAAGUUUCAGAAAUAACUGAAAAGUUGGAUGAGAUUACUAGAUGGGCCAAAAAUGAAAAACCCACGCCAUCUUCAACAACUACAGCUGGUGGUCUCGCAAGUUUGUUGAAUAAAGAUACUAGCACUGCUAGUCCAUUCUUGGCUCAAAAAUCAUUAUUGAAUGAUCAUCCAUUGCAUUCGCCAUAUGGAAAUACUUCAGCAGAUGUUCCUUUGGCUCAGAAUUCAUUAUCAUUAUUGCAACCUCAUCAAAUCAAAUGGUUUUAUUUGGAUCAAACUGGUAAUCAGCAAGGUCCAUUUGACGGUAACUUGAUGCAAAAUUGGUACAUGUCUGGUUACUUAGCCCCAGAUUUGAAUUUGAGAAGAGAGGAUGAGUAUACCUAUUACUCAUUACAAAAUUUCAUACUUUCAGUUAAUAGUUACCAACAACCAUUUUUGGUCUCAUUACCUGAUUUAACUCCAAAACCUCAAUCAGUUCCAUUCCAACAUUCAUUAAGUUUUGAGCAACAAUUACCAGGUUUUUUCAAUCAAGGGAUUCCUCAGGCUCAAUCUCAGUUUGGUCAAGUUCAGAAUGUUCAGCAAAAUUGGUCAACCAAUUCAGGUCAUUCAUCACCUUGGGUUAGUCAAACCAAUUUGGCUUCAGAAGUUCCUAUUGCCACUCAAGAUUUCAGAAUUGGUACUCAAUCACCAUUUAUGAAUACAUCUUUCAACAAUCAAAGUACUUCUUCAUUGGCUAGAGCUUCAGUUGAUACUGCUUCAAAUGAACAUGAUGAGUUAUUAGACCAAAUCCACUCAAAAGUUUUGAACAAUGUCUUAGAAGAUGAAAUUGAACCACAGACUGUUGAACCAGUUGUUGAACCAAAAGUUGAAGAAUCAAUCAAAGUCCCAGAGCCAAAAGAAACAGCUCCAAUUGCUGCUACUCAAAAGGCUGUUGGUACUCCAUCAAAUGCAACACAACAACAAACUAAACCAGCAUCAAAUGGACAUGUUGCCACUGCCAGUGCAUCAGAAACUGCAAAAUUAUUGAAACCUGAAGCACCAGUAGCACAACAAACUCCAAAAUUAGCACCAUGGGCCAAUAAAUCAGUUUCCAACGCUCCACAAUUAACUUUAGAGCAAAUCCAAAGAUUAGAAGCUGAAGAAUCCGAAAAACAAGCUAAAGCAAAAGCUAAACAAGAUAAGAUUUUAGCAGCUCAAUUAUUAGCAAACACUGAAAAGACUAUCAAAGAAACUGAAGCUUCAAAGAAAAUUUUACCUUCAACUUCAAGUUGGGGUACUCCAACAAAAGCUACACCAGCUCCAACCAAAACCUUAUUAGAUAUUCAACGUGAAGAAGAAGCUGCUGCCGUUGCUCAAGCUGCCCAAGCCGCUGCUGCUUUAGCUGCAUCUACCUCAUCAUCUUCAGGAAGUACACCAAUGAAGAAAGCACCAAGUGCUAAAGGUUCAUUUGCUUCAAUUGCCACAUCUUCAGCACCACCAGCUAAUGCAUGGACUGUUGUAAGUUCUAAUAGAAAACCAGCACCAAAACCAGCCCCAAAAAUCACUACAGCUCCAAAACCAAUUACUCCAGAAGUCUUAAGAAAUGUCUCUGCUUCAACUGCUGCUCAAGUUCAACCAUCAUCAACAUAUACUAAAACAAUUUCACCACGUCAAGAUUUCUUGAGCUGGUGUCGUACUUCAAUGAAAUUGAACAAAGGUGUCAAUAAAGAUGAAGUUUUACAAAUUAUGUUGAUGUUACCAGUUGGCUCUGAAUCUUCUGAAAUCAUUGCUGAUACUAUUUAUUCAAACAGUUCCACUAUGGAUGGUAGAAGAUUUGCUCAAGAAUUCAUGAAGAGACGUAAAGCUGUUGAAGAUCAAGCUCAUGAUGGAUUAUCCUGGAAUGAAGCAUUACGUAUUAGUGCUGAAAAUGACGAUGAUGGUUGGGACUUCCAAGUCGUUGGUAAAAAGAAGAAAGGUAGAAAUUAA